AUGCCGCAGCUCAAUAAUGGAGGGGGUGAUGAUCUUGGAGCCAACGACGAAAUGAUUUCUUUCAAGGAUGAAGGCGAGCAAGAUGAGAAAAUUCAAGAAAAUGCUUUCACAGAAAGGGACUUGGCUGAUCUUAAGUCGUCUUUGGUAAAUGAAUCGGAGAUAAAUCAAAACUCAAACGCAGCCGUGGUGAGGCGCGGGCAGCCAGACGAGCAAAGAGUUUACACAGACAAACACAGAGAUCAUAUCGAAGACGUGAAUAAGCAUCAAGACGGGGGGAUGUACAAACCGCCAACGUAUUCUGGAUACCCCUUUCUCAUGCUGCCCGACCCGUACCUACCCAGCGGAUCCGUGUCUCCAUCUUCCAAUAAAGUGUCUGUGGUGCAGCAGCCUCAUGGGAUGCAUCCGCUGACGCCUCUCCUGCCGUACAGCAACGAGCAUUUCAGCCCCAGUCCUCCACACCUGCCCACGGACAUGAGCCAGAAACCAGGCGUUCACAGGCACCAGACUCAGGACAUCUCGGGCUUUUACUCCCUGCCCCCAGGCGGGGUGGGACAGAUCACUCCCUCCAUGAGCUGGCAAAAUCAGCCUGUGUACCCACUCUCCUCCUGUGGCUUCAGACAGUCCUUCUCUACCAGUCUGCCCAGCAGCUCCUCCUACUCCAGGUUCCCCCAUUCUCUGGUACUGGGCACAUCUGGGAUGCAUCCCACUGGAAUCCCUCACCCAGCCAUAGUGCCCCCCUCAGGCAAACAGGACCAUGAGCAGUAUGACAGGACCAUGUAUGCGAAACCUCACGCAGAGCCGAAGAGGGAGAAGGAGCCCAAGAAGCCUGUGAUCAAGAAGCCUCUGAAUGCGUUCAUGCUCUACAUGAAGGAGAUGAGAGGGAAGGUCAUUGCGGAGUGCACGCUGAAGGAGAGCGCUGCCAUCAACCAGAUCCUGGGCAGGAGGUGGCAUGCCCUGACUCGUGAGGAACAGGCCAAAUACUAUGAGUUGGCCAGGAAAGAGCGACAGCUCCACAUGCAGCUGUACCCGAGCUGGUCGGCCCGAGACAACUACGGGAAGAGGAAGAAGAGAAAACGGGAGAAGCAGCAGGACUCCACUGCAGAUAACUCUCUUGACUGUUCCUAG